UAAAGCAAAGCAGUGUAAAAGUGCCUUUAGGAAAUAUUAUUUAACUUGAACCUCUUUCUGUAACCAAAAUGUCACGUUAUUUAGUAUUACGUUUUAAAAAUAUUUUAAAUCAUUUUGAAAGACUCUUACCUCAAUUAUUUCAUCAAGGUGGACCACCACCAGCGUUAGCUCUGGCUGGUAUGCCUAGCACACACAAUGGUGCUACAUGGCGCACAGGAAGCGAUAGUUCAGAAAAGUUUAGUCUUAAGGAUCUUAUAGGUGAUGGCAUUCUAUGGGCAGUGCCAAAACAUCGUCGUUCAAUUGCUAGACGUCUUCAGCGCAAAUUUGGUGUACCAGAUUUAGUUUGGAAACCAUUAAAAAUUAAAACGCAUUUACGCAAUUGCACUGAAUGUGGUCAUGAUUAUGAAGCUGGUGUGCUUUGCCCACAUUGCUAUGAUAAGGUACGUAAAGAGACGCAAUUGAUGCAAGAUAAAAUCCAGGAACAAUUGGGCUUAUCCCCUGUCGAACAGGAAGUGGUGGUUCUGUAUGAUGGUGAAAAAAGAGAACAGUCUACUGAAUACUUGAAUGGCAAACGUAUAGUUGAAAUGGAAAAGCCGCGUCCAAUGUGGUUCUCUAAAAAUUUAAUACAAAAAACCACACAGCAACCUGCUGAUACUAAAGAAGUCAAACCUUCUGAUUUGGGUUAAAAUUUAGAGAGAAAACUCAAUAAACCUUUAAUUCAAUUAUUAACAA